GCAGCGCAACUUCUUCUGCCCAAGUUCCAGCCCCCUCCUCGCCCCCUUUCGAUGUGCGCCUUUGGACAUGCGGAGGCUACUGCAACCGUGUUGGUGGAUCUUUUUCCUGAAAGUCACCAGCUCCGUGCUCCAGUAUGUGGUGUGCUUCCCCGCUCUGACUGAAGGGUACGUUGGCUCGCUGCAUGAAAACAGACAUGGUAGUUCUGUGCAAAUACGGCGGCGUAAGGCCUCGGGGGAUUCUUACUGGGCUUACUCAGGUACAUAUGGUCCUGAGCACUGGGUUACUUCAAGUGUGGACUGUGGAGGCACUCACCAGUCUCCAAUAGACAUCGUAGACCAUCAUGCACGUGUGGGAGAUGAAUAUCAAGAAUUACAGCUUGAUGGUUUCGACAACGAAUCCUCUAACAAGACAUGGAUGAAAAACACUGGGAAAACUGUCGCUAUCCUUCUGAAGGACGAUUAUUUCAUCAGCGGUGCUGGGCUGCCGGGUAGAUUCAAAGCAGAAAAAGUGGAAUUUCAUUGGGGUCAGAGCAAUGGAUCCGCUGGCUCUGAGCACAGCAUCAACGGCAAGAGAUUCCCUGUUGAGAUGCAGAUUUACUUCUACAAUCCUGAUGACUUUGACAGUUUUGGAGCAGCAAUUUUAGAAAACCGGAUAAUAGGAGCCAUGGCUGUGUUUUUUCAAGUCAGUCAGAGGGACAAUCCAGCACUGGAUCCUAUUAUCCAUGGGUUGAAGGGUGUCGUACAUCAUGAGAAAGAGACCUUUCUGGAUCCCUUUGUGCUGAGAGACCUUCUGCCGACAUCACUGGGAAGUUAUUAUCGCUAUACAGGUUCUCUGACAACUCCACCAUGUAGCGAGAUUGUGGAAUGGAUAGUUUUUCGCAGGCCUGUUUCUAUUUCUUAUCACCAGCUGGAGGCGUUCUAUUCCAUAUUUACCACAGAACAGCAAGAUCACGUCAAGUCUGUGGAGUAUCUGAGGAAUAACUUCCGACCGCAGCAGAGUCUGAAUGACAGGGUGGUGUCCAAGUCUGCUGUGAAAGAUGCUUGGAGCCAAGAUGUGAUGGACAUCUUAGAAAAUCCAUUUGGCACAGAGGCUUCCAAAGUUUGCAGUACUCCCCCGGUCAACAUGAAAGUGCAGCCUGUGAACAGAACAGCCUUGCUAGUAACUUGGAACCAACCAGAGAUCAUCUACCACCCUCCCAUUAUGAACUACAUGAUCUCCUACAGCUGGACUAAAAAUGAAGAUGAAAAAGAGAAGACUUUCACCAAGGACAGUGACAAGGACCUGAAAGCCAUCAUUAGCCAUGUCUCACCUGACAUCCUUUAUCUGUUCAGAGUUCAAGCAGUUUGCCGAAAUGAUAUGCGUAGUGACUUUAGCCAGACAAUGCUCUUUCAAGCUAACACUACUCGAAUAUUCGAGGGGACCAGAAUUGUUAAAACAGGAGUGAAUAAUGGGCAGAAUGGAGUGUUUGGAAAGAAAAAGAAAACAAAAGGAAAAAAAAGCCGAGGUAGCAUAUCAGUUACCCCUACUGACACUCUCUCUGGUGUGUUUUCUUCCCUUGUCCCCUCUGGUGGUCUCUUCAAGCCUACAGCUUCUCCUGCUUCUUCAGCUGACAUGGCUCCCAUCAGUUCUGGAUCUUCUACCUGGACUUCUUCUGGUCUUCCUUUCUCCUUUGUUUCAAUGGCAACUGGAAUGGGACCUUCAUCCAGUGGAAGCCAAGCAACAGUGGCCUCCGUGGUGACCAGUACAUUGCUUGCCGGCCUUGGGUUUAGUGGUGGUGGUAUUUCCUCCUUUCCUAGCACUGUGUGGCCAACCCGCCUUCCUAGUGCUGCUUCUACCAGCAAACAGUCAGUUAGGCCGGUGCUUACAACUCCUGAGGCUUUAUCUUCUCCAGGACCGGACAGUGAUUCCGCUCUGACGAAAGACAAUGAAGGAGCAGAGGAAGGAGAAAAGGAUGAGAAGAGUGAAAGUGAGGAUGGCGAAAGGGAACAUGAUGAAGAGGGAGAAAAGGAUUCAGAAAAGAAAGAGAAGAAUGCAGUGACAGAGGCUGCCGAGGUACAAAAUAACACUGAGACCACACUAACGACCAUUUCCCCUAAUAGAACUGUAGAGGAGGAAGGAAAUAAAACCAUACCUGGUCAAGAGCAAAACAUUUUCCCAACAGAUAAGAGUCCUGAAGAAGAGGGGGUUACUGAAACAGACACUCAGCCCCAACCUGUCCCCUCCACCCAAGUGCCACCAGCAUUCACAAAUGAACAUUAUGUAGGGCAAAUCCCAAAGGGACCAGAGACAACAUCAAGAAAAGCUUUUCCCAACAACCGUAGGUUUCCAGAGGAAAAUCCAUCGGACAACAGAUUCAUCACCAUUAACCCAGACAAGAAUAGCUCCAGUAUGGCAACCAGACCUUCUCCUGGCAAAAUGGAAUGGAUCAUCCCUCUGAUUGUGGUGUCGGCCCUGACCUUUUUGUGCCUCAUCCUUCUUCUUGCUGUGCUGGUUUACUGGAGAAAGUGUUUUCAGACGGCUCAUUUCUACGUGGAGGACAGCAGCUCGCCUCGAGUGGUCCCUAAUGAGAGUAUUCCCAUUAUACCUAUCCCAGAUGACAUGGAAGCCAUUCCUGUCAAACAGUUCGUUAAACAUAUCAGUGAGCUCUAUUCUAAUAACCAACAUGGCUUCUCAGAAGACUUUGAGGAAGUGCAGCGGUGUACAGCCGACAUGAACAUCACAGCAGAACAUUCCAAUCACCCAGAUAACAAGCACAAGAACAGAUACAUCAACAUUUUAGCAUAUGAUCACAGUAGGGUGAAACUAAGGCCUUCGCCAGGAAAAGAUUCUAAGCACAGUGACUACAUUAAUGCUAAUUAUGUUGAUGGUUACAACAAAGCAAAAGCCUAUAUUGCCACCCAGGGACCUUUAAAGUCUACAUUUGAAGAUUUCUGGAGAAUGAUUUGGGAACAAAAUACUGGAAUCAUUAUCAUGAUUACAAACCUCGUGGAAAAAGGAAGAAGAAAAUGUGAUCAGUACUGGCCGACAGAGAAUAGCGAGGAAUACGGCAACAUUAUAGUCACAUUGAAGAGCACAAUGGUACAUGCCUGCUACACCGUCCGCCGUUUCACAGUCAGGAACACAAAAAUGAAAAAGGGUCAGAAGGGAAACCCCAAAGGGCGACAGAACGAGAGAACGGUUAUUCAGUAUCACUAUACACAGUGGCCUGACAUGGGAGUGCCAGAAUAUGCUCUGCCUGUGCUAACCUUUGUGAGGAGAUCGUCAGCAGCCAGGACCCCGGAAAUGGGACCCGUGCUUGUACACUGCAGUGCUGGUGUGGGCAGAACUGGUACCUACAUUGUGAUAGACAGCAUGCUGCAGCAGAUACAAGACAAAAGCACAGUUAAUGUCCUGGGUUUCCUGAAACACAUCAGGACACAGCGCAACUACCUCGUUCAGACAGAGGAGCAGUACAUUUUUAUUCAUGAUGCCUUGCUGGAAGCCAUCCUUGGGAAGGAGACUGAAGUAUCUGCAAACCAGCUGCAUAGUUAUGUUAACAGCAUUCUUAUACCUGGAAUAGGAGGAAAGACACGACUAGAGAAACAAUUCAAGCUGGUUACACAGUGUAAUGCAAAAUAUGUGGAAUGCUUCAGUGCUCAGAAAGACUGCAACAAAGAGAAGAACAGAAACUCAUCAGUUGUGCCAUCUGAACGUGCUAGGGUGGGUCUCGCGCCACUGCCUGGAAUGAAGGGAACUGAUUACAUUAAUGCCUCUUAUAUCAUGGGUUACUACAGGAGCAAUGAGUUCAUCAUAACCCAGCAUCCUCUUCCACAUACAACUAAAGACUUUUGGCGAAUGAUCUGGGAUCACAAUGCACAGAUCAUUGUCAUGCUGCCAGACAACCAGAGCUUGGCAGAAGAUGAGUUUGUGUACUGGCCAAGUCGCGAGGAAUCCAUGAACUGUGAGGCCUUUACCGUGACCCUUAUCAGCAAAGACAGACUGUGCCUCUCUAAUGAAGAGCAAAUUAUCAUCCAUGACUUUAUCCUUGAAGCUACCCAGGAUGACUACGUUCUGGAAGUGCGCCACUUCCAGUGUCCCAAAUGGCCAAACCCAGAUGCCCCCAUAAGCAGUACCUUUGAACUUAUCAAUGUAAUCAAGGAAGAGGCCUUAACAAGGGAUGGCCCCACCAUUGUUCAUGAUGAGUAUGGAGCUGUGUCAGCCGGAACGCUGUGUGCCCUGACCACCCUUUCCCAACAGCUGGAGAAUGAAAAUGCUGUCGAUGUUUUCCAGGUGGCAAAGAUGAUCAAUCUUAUGCGGCCUGGAGUAUUUACAGACAUUGAACAGUACCAGUUUCUUUAUAAAGCAAUGCUAAGCUUGGUGAGCACUAAGGAAAAUGGAAAUGGUCCCAUGACACUGGACAAAAACGGUGCUGUGAUGGCCAAUGAUGAACCGGAUCCUGCAGAAAGCAUGGAGUCUCUUGUCUAAUUGGAAUCUUGAAAAGGCACUUAAUUUGUAGAACUUCUGAAGACUGAGUGAACUUUUUUGAGGCCUUUUUUGCCAGACUCUAGGUUAUACAAUAACCCAAUUACUUUUUUACACUGAUAAAAGUUUUGAUAUUUAUUUUUUGCCAUUUUAUGUCUUAAUGGUAUCCUACUGAGCAUUCGCACCUCUGUUUCUUUCACACAGUGCACCGCAAUUUUAUCUAGUUUGCACUAUAUGAUCAGUGUUACUGCCUAUAAUACUCUAAUACAAAAGCAAGCCCUGAUGUGACAUUCCAUGACAGCAAACAUGCUACUUUUUAGUUUAAAUGCAGUGAAGUUUUGUUAACUACGGUGACCCUUGAAUCUUAAAUCUUGAAUGCUAGACCAGAUGGAUUCUUUCUACAAGAAAUACUGCGCCCCGUCAUACUCCUAAUAUUUAUUGCUUUAAUUUUAAUUGUUGUAGAUCUUCUGUAUUCCAGUUCAGUGGAUAAGCAAUAUUCAUCCUUUCUUGAUAAAAUGUGGCAGGUGAUUACUAGCUACAGUGAAGGUAGAAUAGCCUCAUGGAGCUGAAACAAUUGCUUUUGUAUUGUUUCAGAUUCUGCUUUUUGUAUACUUUGAGGCCUAAGAAUUGCUUCACAUGGAACAUAUAAAAUU